AUGCCUCUCUCCCCACCCUCCCCCACCGACCUCUUCCGCCAUCUCCGGUCCUCACCUACAAGCACGCUGCUCGCAUACACAGCGCUGCUGGUCGUCGCCUACACAAUCAGCCUGGCAAUAUACCGCCUGUACUUCCACCCACUAUCCCGCUUUCCCGGCCCCAAGCUCGCGGCCGUGACGUGGUGGUACGAGUUCUACUACGAUGCGGUAAAGCCGGGGCUGUAUUGGCGGGAGGUGGAGCGGAUGCAUCGGGAGUAUGGUCCUGUAAUCCGCAUCUCCCCCCACGAGCUCCACCUCAACUCCCCGCACCUCUGGGACACAAUCUACGCGCCCAAGAACGACAAGUGGGGCUGGGGCAUCGCGGCGAUAGGCCUGCCCGACUCAGCCGUUGGAACCGUCAGCCACGAGCUACACCGCAAGCGGCGCGCGGCGCUGUCGCCGUUCCUGAGCCGCCGCGCCGUCGAGAAGUUCGGCCAUGUGAUUUACGGGAACUUUGAGGAGUUUGUUGAGAGACUCAGGGCGGCUAGGGAUACGAGGGUGAGAGGCGUCGUAGAGAUGGGCCGCCUCUGGCACUGUCUCGCCGUAGACGUCGUGACCGAAUACGCCUUCGCGCGCAGUUACGGCCUCGUGCGGAACCGCGGAGCCGGACGGCAGUGGCACGGCAUGCUGCAGAAAGUAAUGCAGAACGGGCACACGAUCAAGCACUUUCCGAUCUUCCUGCGCGUCCGCGAUAUCCUUACCGCGCUGCCUUUGGCGUGGGUCGAGAAAAUGGCGGGCGAGGGCAUGGCGAUGGCGGUGCGCCUGCAACAUAAUAUGCGCGCGCAGAUCGAGGCUAUUAAGGCGGGACGCGAGGAGCUGGAUGAUGCGCUGAGGUAUAAGUCCCAUCCGACUAUUUUUCAUGAGUUGCUGCAGAGCAAGAGUAUCCCCGAGGCGGAGAAGAGGACGGAGCGCAUCUGGCAGGAUGGGCAGAGUGUCGUUGUUGGGGGGAGCGAGACUGUGGCGAAGGUGCUCACGCAUAUCACGUUCCAUCUGCUGGCGAAGCCGGAUGUGUUGGCGAAGCUGAGAAGGGAGCUUGAGCAGGGCGGGUUCAUGACGCAGGAGAUGAAAGAGAGGGCCGAGAAGCCCAGGUGGCAGGAUCUGGAAAGGUGUCGCUACCUCGCGGCUGUGGUCAUGGAGGGACUCCGCGUCAUCUUCACGGUUCCGGACCAUACGCGGAGAGAUGCUGAUGGCCGGCCCGUGACGAGGGAGUAUAGGAUCCCGCCUGGCACUCCAGUCAGCAUGUCUCCCCAGUUUCUGCACUUCGACGGCAUGAUCUUCCCGGAGCCGUAUGCGUUUAGGCCGGAGAGGUGGUUGGAAGAUGGUGCCAGCGGCAGGAGCCUUGCGAAGUACAUCGCUUCCUUCGGGUACGGGACGCGGAUAUGCGUUGGCAUGAAUCUUGCCUACGCUGAGCUCCACACGCUGGUAGCGCUGCUCUUCGGGCCCAACACCGAUCAUGGGCUCCAGCUCGAACUACACAAGACGGGCAUAGAGGACGUGGAGUUUGUGCACGAUUUCAUCGUCGGCACGCCGAGGCUGGGGACAAAGGGGUGUAGAGUCAUCGUGCGAUGA